AAAGGAAUUGACGAAUGAUUGCGAAUGGAAAAUUUAUGGAAAGAAAUAAAAAGAUGCAAAAUCUCAAUUUAUAAGCACCCGUUAUCAUAAUUGGCUCGUUUGUUACACUUGUAGAAAUGGAAUGCGCAUGUGAAGCUAAAAUAAAAGUAUGCAAAGAAUCGUAUACACGUGCGUGGCGCAUGUGCGCGUGCAAUGGCCAAGAGUCCGGAUGCAGACCGCUCGCGUGCACCGAGCGUACUCAAUCAGCUUUGCAUGUCACAUACGGCGCGUCGCACGCGUGUAUACGAGAGUACGGCGUGCAGCGGGAGAGAAGCGACCACGAAGAAGCGUAAGCGCCGCCAAAGAGAAACGCAAAAAGAUCCUGCGCUAUUAGAUGUCCGUGACUUUAACUCUCUUCGGAAUUCCAAGUUCAAUAAAACGCAUCCGACAAAGAUCAUCAUUCAUGGCUUUGGCGGUGGACGGAACUUAGCACCUAGUACAGAUUUACGAGAUGCGUAUUUCACGCGAGGCGAUUACAAUAUUAUAAUCGUGGAUUACGGUUCGUUGGUACGCGAGCCCUGUCUCUCGCAGAUCUCAUGGGGCCCAGAUUUCUGCUCCCAGUGCAUCGCCCAGCUGGUGAUAUACUUGAAAGAUCACCCACGGGGCACGAGGGUAGAAAACAUCCACGUGCUCGGAUACAGCGUGGGUGCGCAUAUCGGUGGACUCAUCGCAAAUUACUUGCCCAAUGACAAACUCGGGAGAAUUACGGGCCUCGAUCCGACGAUAUUUUUCUACAUGAACGGCAAUCGCUCGAUGGAUUUAGACGAAACAGAUGCCCAUUUUGUGGACGUGAUUCACACAGGCGCCGGUAUUUUGGGGCAAUGGGGGCCCAACGGCCACGCGGAUUUCUACGUGAAUGGUGGCUCAAGUCAGCCCGGGUGCGCCACUUCUUCUAUACUCCAAACGCUCUCGUGCGAUCACACCAAAGUAACGCCGUACUACAUAGAAUCAAUCACGACGAAGAAGGGAUUUUGGGCGGCUCCUUGCGCAAAUCUAUUCUCUUACCUGAUCGGAUGGUGCAACCCCAAGAAAGAAGAGUACAUCCUGAUGGGGGAGGAUACGCCUCAUAUAGCACGCGGCAUCUUUUAUCUGUCAACAAACGCACACAAACCGUACGCCCGAGGACUGCCCGCAAAAAGCCAGCGUCGGACAAGUCGGAAGCAAUCGUCCUCCCGCCAGUAUUAAGCUUAUUGAAACAACUGAUUAAUAUAAUUAUAGAAUAGCAUGUACAUUUUAAGCUUAAAAGACUUUUGUUUUUACAUCGUUUACCAUUUGCGAAUUUGUACAUUUUAAUCAUUAGAUCUCCUCUGUUUCCUUCCUCUUCUGCCUCUUCCUCAAUAAAAUAUUUUGCCAAGCUGCGCGACGACUUUUACGAAGAGCAGAAAUAUGCCUCGUACCGUUCAUUCACAUCCGAUCGACGACUGGUAUAGUUAAAGUCUCGCGCACUUAACACGUAACACUUUCACUCCUGCUCUUACCGUACAUUUUUAUAUUAUAUUAUUUAUUUAAAGCCGCACACAUGUUAACAUGUUAACAAGACGUGAUUCUCUCGAUGCAUUCAAACAGAUCAUUUGAAUCAUUCCCUCAUAUUCUGAUUCAAUCCAAUGCGUCACGUCAUUAGACACUAUGAAACGAGACUGAAUUGCAUCAAAUAGAAUGACUUUGCGCAACAUAUUUAUUUUAAAAGAGAUACGAAUUUCUUGGCGAAUCUCUCAAUCUUAUUAAAAUUUAUUAUGCAGUUAUUUCACAACGUUGAUGCAAUACGUUUCGCAAAAUACAUGAUUAAUUUAUGACGUUGUAUAGUUCCAAAAUUUCCUGCUACUCCUUCGGUGUAAAGUUACUCUGGUAGUGCAAUCUGAUUGUUUUACGAUAGUUGUAUAAUGUAUUAUGAUAAUAAUAUUAUGUAAUUAAUUUUUAUAAUUUGUAAUAUAAUUAAUUCGAACCUGUUAUAGGAACAGAAAAUUGAUGUUUGCCUCGUGAAGAGAUCUUUGCAAUACAAAUAUUGCUCAGACCA